CCAAAUAGAAAUAUUCAGUUUUUCAAAUCAUAAUCAGUUAAUCACUGCCUUUAACAAAAUACCACAUCUACAAGAUUUUUCUUUGAAUUUCAUUGUAAAGAAAGGUAUUAAAAUUAGAAACGGGGUCGUCUUCGGUGGAUGGCCCGAUCAUCAUCCGGUACCCGCUCUUCCAGUUUCGAUUCAGAACGAGGAACGUGUCGCGUCCGGCCAUCCGACAGCAGCGAGUGAACCACUGUACAGCGCUUUCUCUCUCUCUCUCUCUCUCUCUCUCUCUGUGGACGCUCUGAAUCUCCUAGCACCACCAUGAGCUCUCCGUCGUCCCCUCUUCACCCGCCAGAUCAAGACCCUACCCCAAUUGGCCCAACCCAUCACCCAGAAUCGUCCGAGACUCAAACCCUAACCCUCGAGCCGGACCCUUCCAAGUCCGACGGAGACUCCCAGAUCCUCGUCCCGGACGACGACUCUAACCAAGACGACCCCGACCCAGUUCCCGCUCCGUCCCCACGAGCCCAAGACCUGAGCUUUAUGGCCCCCGCCCCCGCCCCUGCCGCCACCUCCACCUUCUCUCGCCGCGGCCGCAAAAACAAGAAAGCCGAAUCGAAACGGCGGGCCAUGGAGAGGAAGUCGCAGCAGAAGCUCAAAUUGCUCGUCAAGACCUUCAAGCCCAUCCCUUUCGCCUCCGUCAAGGCUCUCGACUUCUCGCGUCGCGAGGAUCUCCUGCACCGGCUCGGGCUUUGGGAGUUUGUCCACCUGGACUUUGAUAGGGCCCUGCGCGGCAACUUGAUCGCGCAGCUGGUCGCCAGUUUCAGCAAGAGCGAGAGGUGCAGCUACGUCAAUGGGGUCAAGAUUCGGGUCAGCCGGGCCGACCUGGCGCGAGCGCUGAAGCUGCCGGCUAAGAGGGUCGUGGCCGGUUCAGAGGGAGCAGGUGAGGGUUCCGAAACUGAAGAGUCUGUUGGUUUCGUUUUGGAUUUAGUGUCAAAUUGGAUGCUUUUGCAUGAUGAUGAUACAUGGAUGAUGCCCGAUGAGAUAAUGAGUUGGGACAAGUUGAUUAGAGAGGGGAGUUUCGAGAAGGUGGAUUGGGCGGGCAUGAUGUGGUUUAUGGUGGAGAAGGAGUUGAUGCAGGCCCCUGGUUUGGAGAAUUGUUACUAUGCGUCGCACUUGCAGUGUUUGAUUAGGUCUCAGCGCGAGGAAUUGUUGUCGGCAGAGGAAGUUGAAGUGCAGGAUGUGGAGGAGGAUGCAGGUGGCGGUGAUGUGAAGAUGGCUGAACCGGAAGAGCAGAGCUUGGAGUUGAGCCUCGGACAAGAGAAUGCUGAUAACAAAGCUGAUGAGGAGGAGAAGGAAGGUACUAGCAUUGAAUUGGGACUUUCGCAGAAUGAAAAGUUUGAUGUUGAGAAUGAGGAGAAUGCUCAACUUAGUCUUGGGUUUGAAGAGAAAGUUGAAGCUGAAAUGGAGGACAAAACUGAAGUUGGUCUGGCGGAGGACAAGGGUGUCGAAAAGGAAAAUGACAAUAAAGAGGAAGAUGGAUAUGAUGAUGUCAUGGAUUCUCAGGAGUGUAAAGAGGAGGAAGAAGAACAAGGUGGCCAGUGGCUUUUGGAUGGGAAAAAUAGUUCAGGUGAGCACUUUUUGCAGAGGUGCAGAGUUACUGAAGCUAGCGAAAUGAGGUUUGAUGUGGAUCUGAAAGGAGUGGAAGGAGAAGGAGGAGCAGUAGGUGAGGAACAAGAAGAUGAAGAACUAGAGGAAGAGGAAGAGGAAGAGGAAGAAGAAACCAAUGAGGAGGAGCCACAAGAGCCUGGAGGAUUCAAUAUGUCGCCAAAGUUUGGUGAUUUGGAGAGGUUGCCUUCAUCAAAUCUUCUGCAUGUUUUGGAAUCUGCUCAAAUUCCUUUUAACACCGGGAUGCAACUUCGUGAUGAUUCAUGUGGAGAGUUCUUAGCCUCAAGAGCUGACAGUCACAUGGGUCCCAGUUCUUCGUCUAUCUUUGGCAAUGUGAACAAGAGAGAAAUCGAUCCUGACAAUGACAGGAUGCAUCACCAGCUGAAUGGGGGAAACAAGCGGAUGAGGACUGAUGGUCCGUGGGAUAGUAAAUCGCUGGACUUCAGUAUGUGCAUCGAGCAAGUGCAACAAUGGGUGGAAAAGGCAAGGAUGGCGCACGAGGCAAAAGAGCAAGCAUAUGCUGAGUCUGGCAUGAAUCACCAAAUAUUCCUCAGCCAGCUGCAACAACGGGAUGCUUUGAUCGAGCAUUUGCAGAAGACAAGUAACGAAGAGAUAGUGAAAAAGAAGAUGGAAAUAUAUCGACUUGAAUGUGAGCUCUAUAUGAUGGUGAACCUUCUAGAUGGCUACAAGAAGGCCUUGAAGGAAACCGACCGGAAAUUCGCAGAAUACAGAUCUCGCUGUCCUCAGCUUGAUGAGCCACUUUAUAAGGAUGUUCCUGGAUCUGGCGGUCUUGUUUUGAGCAUUAGGGAACUGGAGAAGCAGCGGUUAAAACAGGAAGAAGAGGAGAAGAUGAAGCUGUUGGCAUUGAAGGAAAAGCUCGAGGAAUUCGACAACGAUUUUACCAUCAGCUUCAAAGCACGUCUUGAAGGAAUUAAUCUACUCAAUAGCAGGUUGUAUGAUGUUGAGAAGGGAUUGAAACAUCUGAAGGAUUCGGCGGAAAAGCGUAAAGCCUCAGAAGCUACAAUUGCCAUUUCUCCAACGGAAGAAAAUGUCCCGGAAGCGACGCCAGCCACUGCUGCUCCUAUGGAAGAAAAUGUCCCGGAAGUGACACCAGCAGCUGCUGCUCCUAUGGAAGAAAAUGUCCCGGAAUCGACACCAGCAGCUGCUGCUCCUAUGGAAGAAAAUGUCGCGGAAGCGACACCAGCAGCUGCUGCUUCUAUGGAAGAAAAUGUCGCGGAAGCGACACCAGCAGCUGCUGCUUCUAUGGAAGAAAGUGUCCCGGAAGCGACACCAGCAGCUGCUGCUUCUAUGGAAGAAAGUGUCCCGGAAGCAACACCAGGUGCUGCUGCUGUCCCAGAAGCAGCUACAACUGGUGGUCAAAUGGAGGAAUGAACUUCUCAGAAGAGUUUUCGAUCAUAUGUAGGUAAAUUUCUAUGGCGACUCGUAUUUUCAGCCUCCUCUUGGUUUGGUUCAAGCUUGCCUAAAUGGCGCCUCGAUGAAGGGGCUUGUGUUAGUUUGGUUGGCCUAUGCUAUAAUGUGAGUGCUUUGGCUGACUGGAAGAUAGGAGUUGGUAUUGCGGUUCUACUACAUCUAUGGUUUGCUUGCUUAGUCUUCAUAGAUAUCCUCUGAACUGCUUGC